AUGGAUGAAUUUCAGAGUUUGGGCGCUGGGCUUGCGAUAGGUCUUGGCGCUGUCGGUCCCGGCAUUGGUAUCGGACUGCUGGCCGCGAAGGCCAUGGAGGCUAUUGGCCGCAAUCCCGAUGCCGCCGGUCUGGUUCAGCAGAACAUGAUUCUGGCUAUCGCGUUCACCGAAGCUAUCGCCAUCUACGCGCUGGUCAUGGCAAUCAUCAUCAAGUUCGUCUAG